AAGAGCAGUGCUAAACGACAGAGUGAGCUGAAAGAGUUUCAAACAUUUCUUGACAUGGAACCUUUGAAAAUGCUUCAUCCCUCGCAGACCAGGUGGUUGUCUUUGGUGGCAGUUGUUCAACGCAUUUUGGAGCAGUGGGAUGCUUUGAAAUUGUAUUUUACAGACUGUUGGUUGUCACAGAGACUCUUAAGUGCAGAAAACAUCUUCAAUGCACUUCACGAUCCUUUUUUGAAACUGUAUUUCAUGUUCCUUUCAUGGGUUCUUCCGAAAUUCACAAAAUUCAACGAAUUUUUCCAGACGAAGAAUGUUGUUAUUACAGAACUACAUACCCAAUUAAGAGAUCUCUAUACUGACAUUCUCCUUAGUUUCAUGAAAAGGGACUAUGUCAUGAAAACACCACUCGAGGAAGUCGAUCCUGCCCUGGAGAAGUAUCAUCUUCCAGACACUGAGAUGUAUUUAGGAGUUAAAGUCCUGCAGCACAUUGAUAAACCAGAAAUCACUUCCAAGCCCGAUAUUCGCUGUCAUUUCUUUCACAGGUGUAGAACUUUCCUCACGGUUGCUGCGCAAGAAAUAAGAAAAAGAUAUAAUAUGAAUGAUCCGGUUCUGUCGAAACUUAGCUACCUGCAACCUAAAGCAGCUCUUUCACCAGUAUUCAGGGUUAACUGCCCUUCCCUUCUUCCACUAGUAAAAGUAGUCCCAAGAAUUGUUUCUUGUGAUGAUGAUGCAAUUUUACAGCGUCUUGAUGAUCAGUGGAGGGAGCUUCCAUUUUCAAGGGCAAGGCUUCCAGAAGAUAUUGAUGAUGUAAACAGUCCUGACAUUUUCUGGAAUAUGCUUCUGAAACCAAGCUGUGACACACAAGAAGCUCAUUUCAAAGAAUUGGCUACAUUUGCACUUCAUGUGCUUAGUCUCCCGCACUCUAAUGCAGACUGUGAAAGAGUCUUCAGUCAGGUAAAUCUAGUGAAAACCAAAGUACGAAAUCGCCUCCUUCCAAAAACAGUGAACGGAGCUUUGCUUGCUUCCGAGUGUGUGAAGGAAAGUGGUACCUGUGCAUUGUUUCGCCCUACAGCUGAAAUGUUAUCGCGCAUGACAUCAGCAAACUUGUAUGCAUCCAGUGCACCAGAAAACGAUAUUGUGGAUAUUCUCUUCGAAAAGGAUGACUGAGUUGUUAAGAAAAUUGUUUUUUUUUUUUUUAACUUAACAUGUGUUAAUUUUGGUGUAGUUUUUUUCCUUAGUGUAAUUGUUUCCAUGUAAUUUUUUUCCUUCACGAUUGUGUCAUGCCAAUAAAAUACUACCAAAAUGAAUAGCAAAAAAAUCGCCGGAUAAAAUAAAAGUUGGUACUCAUUAACGUUUUAUUUUAAAAAUUAUAGUAUGUACGACUAUUUGCUCCAAUGUACGACUAUUUCUAGUCUUCGGUACGACUUUUGGAAUGUUGCAAUCU